CACCUCUUUGUAACAAUUACAUCCGGUUCAUGCAAGUUACAUGUACGCCACCACCGCCCGACUGGCUUAUCGCAAGUACACGUACAACUUACGGGGAAACUCUUGGCUAGAUUGAAUCCGUGUACCCGUCUAGUCUAUGCAGCUGACCGAGCGAUCGCGACUUUUUUACGUGGAUGACCAAUGCAUUGACUUUGUAUGACUGUGGCAUAAAGCAGAUUGCAUGCCAUUUGAAGUCUAUUCACUGUGUCUACUCUAAUAUUGAUAGUCAGAUGUGUUAGUGAGUAAGUGAAGAAAUGCAACAGCCUGGUCCUCCACCACCGGGGGGAUACAACCCUAUGAUGCAACCAGGUCCUCCACCCCCAGGGGGAUACAACCCGAACAACAUGCAGCCUAGAAUGCAACAGCCGCCGUCAAACUACAUGGGACCGCCUCCUCCAGGGAACAUGGGGCCACCGAAUGCAGGUCCAGGAAUGAAUCCCACAGGAAUGUACAGACCUCCUGUAUCAGGAGGUCCUAGACCACAGUACCCUGGCCAAAUGAUGGACGGUCAGCAGAGGACUGGUCAAGGACUAAUUCGUGGUCCUCUACCACCUUCUACAAGCGCUAAUCAGUAUGGCGUAAAGCCCCUCCCAGGCGCAGGGCCACCUGUAGGACAUAUGCCUGUAUCAACAGGACAGCAAUCUAAUUAUAGAACUGGUCCAUCCCCACCAUCAUCCAGUUAUCAACCUGGGCCUGCUCCGCCCAAUGGGGUAGCGGGACCUCAUGCGGGCCCGGGGCCACAUGCCUCUGGGCCUCCUUCGAGUCGCUUCUCUUCGAAUGCACACAAUAGGUUUGCCCCUUCCAGCGGGGCCAUGACAAACUCUUUUCCAAACGGUAGCGGUGGCCCCCCUCCUACCACUAAAGCUCCAACGCAGAGACUACCAAACUCUGGCCCCCCUCCAAGUGGGACCCCACCCAUUGGGGGUUCUAUACCCCUUCCUGUUGCUCAGGUUCCCCCGACGAUACAACAGGAUAGACCCAGCUCUGCGGGUGAUCUGAAUGCUAGUUUAAAUUCAUCAGCCACACCCUACAUCCAGCACCCACCCCCAGGGGCAGGCCUAGCCCCUCCCCCAGGCCUAGGUCUGGCCCCUCCCCCUGCCCCGCCCAUGCAUAAGUCUGCCUCCAGCUCCUCCCUUGUUUCCCUGCCCCGCCCCCAUGUGGAAAUCAUGUCACCAUCCCCCACCUGGGACCUGCUUGGCACUCCCUCGCCUUGUGGAUCAGGUCCUCCUUCAGCUAGGUCAUCGGCAGCACCUUCCCCCAUCCCAUCUCAGCAAUAUGACAACUUAGAGGGCGGUAUUCCAUUUUUCCCUAAUUCACAAGGCGGUGCCCCUCCUUCUGCAGGUGACUUUGCCCCUCCAGGACAGUACCCCCAGCAGCCCAACACCUACACCAGUCCACCCCCUCAUGCAGGGGGGCAGUACCUGGGUCCCCCUCCACCAGGGGGGCGACCACCACAACACACAGGUGCCCCGCCCACAGGCCCACCACCACCAACCGGUGCCCCUCCAAUGGGGCAGAACUACAUGCCUGGCCCCCCUACUGGUCCCCCUACUGGUCCCCCUACAGGGCCCCCUACCGGACCCCCAACAGGACCCCCAACUGGGCAGGAGUUAUCAAGGACGAGUGGCAUUGCUGGGAAAAGGCAAUAUCCCCAACAGCCCGGCUACAUGGCCUCGGCUCCUCCCCAGCCCGGCAGUGGUACGGCCCAGCCGCCCACUAACGCCGCCCAGCAGCAGCAGCCUGGACCGUUCCAACCUUCCCAGGUGGGUGGUCAAAGUGGGCCAGCUUCGCAGGUGCUGAAUAAUGUGAUAAAGAAGGAGUCAACGACGAUGAACGACAUCAACGCAGGAAUGAGCAAUGUUCGUCUGCAAGAGACCAGACCGCUCAAUCUGCUGCAAGAGAGACAUGUCCUGCCUCCUAAGGAGUUCCAUCCUCCUAAACCCAAGCUACAUCCAGACUACCAGAAGAUUCAAGUUAGCCCAGAUGUUUUCCGGUCCACCUUGAAUGCGAUACCUGAGUCUCAAUCGUUGCUUCAGAAGUCUCGACUGCCUCUUGGUCUGAUCAUCCAUCCGUUCAGAGAUCUAUCGCAUCUGCCUGUUAUACAAUCAAGUGUAAUAGUACGAUGUCGGUCUUGUAGGACGUAUAUCAACCCUUUUGUAGCCUUCAUUGAUCAGAGGAGAUGGAGAUGUAAUCUAUGCUUCAGAGUCAACGAUUUACCAGAAGAGUUCACCUUUGACCCUGUAACUAAGACAUAUGGAGACCCCCAACGGAGACCAGAGAUCAAGUCAUCAACGAUUGAAUUCAUAGCACCAUCAGAGUACAUGUUACGUCCGCCCCAGCCAGCAGUUUAUCUAUUCCUCCUGGACGUAUCGUUCAGUGCGAUAGAGUCGGGUUACCUCUCGGUCGUCUGUCAAACCAUCAUUGAUAACCUGGACAAGAUGCCCGGAGAUGCGCGGACGAUGAUUGGCUUUGUCACCUACGAUAGCAUGCUUCACUUCUACUCGUUACCAGAGGGCGCAACAAGGCCGCAGAUGAUGGUGGUCUCAGACAUUGAUGAUAUAUUCCUGCCUUGUCCCAGUGAUCUUCUAGUCAAUAUACAAGAAUCAAAAGAGUUGGUAUGUGAGUUGCUGAACCAGCUACCAGCCAUGUUUGUUGAUAACAAGAACACACAGACAGCCCUUGGACCAGCUCUUCAGGCUGCCCAUAAACUCUUGAGUCCAACUGGAGGCCGGGUGACGAUCUUCCAGUGUACGUUGCCAUCUGUAGGAGUCGGAGCCCUCAAAGCAAGGGAAGACCCUAACCAGAGAGCGACAGCAAAGAGUGUACCCAAUCUUGGUCCUGCCACUGACUUCUACAAGAAGAUGUCUUUAGAUUUCUCUGGUCAACAGAUCUGUGCAGAUAUAUUCAUGAUGGGAGCACAGUACAUGGACAUCGCUACCCUGGCUGGCAUUGCCAAAUUCUCUGGUGGAAGCCUGAGUUAUUACCCAGCUUUCCACACAGUAAAGAACCCUAUCCAGGCUGAGAGGCUAGAGUCUGAUCUCAAGAGAUACCUGACGAGAAAGAUUGGAUUCGAAGCUGUCAUGAGGAUACGAUGCACCAAGGGGAUGAGCAUACACACAUUCCAUGGGAACUUCUUUGUGAGAUCGACAGACCUGCUCUCACUACCCAACAUCAAUCCUGAUGCAGGCUUUGCAAUGCAGGUCUCCAUCGAAGAUAACCUCAACAGUUCAUCAUUAGCAUGCUUUCAGGCUGCUCUGCUGUAUACCAGCAGUAAAGGUGAGCGUCGUAUCCGAGUACACACCAUGUGUCUACCUGUAACUAACCAGCUGACCGAUGUGAUGAUAGGAGCUGAUGCACAGGCCAUUUCAGGGCUCCUUGCUAGAAUGGCUGUUGACAAGUGCCAAACCUCGUCUCUGGGUGACGCCCGUGAUGCUUUGGUCAAUGUCUGUCUGGAUUCGUUGGCUGCGUACAAGACGACUCUGGCUAAUUCACAUACAAUGGGCGCUCUCAUGUGUCCACCGAACAUGAGGUUGCUGCCCCUGUACACACUGUCACUGUUGAAGAAUCUUGCAUUUCGCAUUGGUAUGAGCACGAAGCUGGAUACCCGUGUGUUUGCGAUGGAGAUGUUCAAAUGCAUGCCACUGCUCUACAACAUGCUGCAUGUCCAUCCUGAUCUCUACCCAGUACACAAUCUCACUGAUGAGGGUGCCUUGUUGCUUCAAGACCAGGCCAUCCCGCAGCCCAACCUCGUGGGUCUAUCAUCGGAGUACCUGAGCCGGGAAGGGGCAUUCCUCAUGGACUGUGGUGACAUCAUGUAUCUCUUUGUGGGUCAGAACGUCUCACCGGACUUCUGCAGUGAUAUUCUUGAUGCACCCGACUUUGCUAGCAUACCAGAAGGGCAGAUUGACUUGCCCGAGUUGGAUAACCCUAGGUCUGAUCAGCUGAGGUUAUUUGUGAGCUGGCUGUUAGAAAAGAGACCGUACCAUGCUCCUCUAUUGGUCAUCAGGGAUGAUAGCCCGGACCGAGGCUUGUUCCUAGGCCAUUUGAUCCAGGACCGAGCAGAAGGAUCCAAGUCCUACUACGAGUUCAUCCAGCAUCUACAGAAAGAAAUUAAAUAGAUCCUGGACCCAUCUGAGAACUGGGCUAGUGACAGUUUUACAAUACUAGUAGUCCAAAUCUGAAAUCUUUGAAGGCACAAACUCUUAAAAGUCAUGAAUCCUGUUCACAUCAUUUGUAACCGAAUUACGACAAAUAUUGAAUUUAGGGUAUAACCCAAUAGACAGUGUCUGAUCUGAUUAUGAACAAAGUUUGGUAGAAAUGUCUGUGAGGAUUAAUUGGGAAAGACAGAAAUCAAAAAAUCUUUCUCUUCAGAGUUUUGUUGUUCAUAUUAAUUAAAGUAUUACAUAUUUGAUGUUUUGAUACAGUGAAGCGCUUUACAAUUCUUAGAAUCAUUCUUACUUUGUCAACAUUGAAAAUGAAUACUUAAUCUGUUUUUUUAAAGACCUCUUUGUUAACCAACGUAUAUUUUUUUCUCCAAACUUUGUUUGUCAUCGGAUCGUGUAGUAUGUCAUGUGGUAAAGUUUAGUAGGAAUGCGAUAGUCAUACAUUCUCCUUUUGAGUCUUACUCUUUCUGCAUUUCAAUGAGAACUUCAAGUUCUGUAUAACAACAGUUGUAAGUAGCCAUGAUCUAAGUACUUGCAGAUAUUUUUGAGACCCUGAAAUUUGGGUUUUAGGUAUUGUGAUUUUUAUAUAAUGGAAUGGAAGGUAUUAUAAUAACAGAAGUUUAAUCUUUUUGCUCUGGGAAUGGUGCAUAAACAAGUUUUCCAAGUCUCAUUGUUGUGAGACAGAAACCCCCCAAAAUAUCUCCAUGUUAUUUGUAGUUUUUUAUAAAUUACUCCCCCAAACUCUGAAGUUGAAGUGAUCUUUCAAACCUGUAGAUAUUCAUCCCUGAUCACUUAUCACUUCAAAAGCAUUUUCUAAGUAACUUAAUUAUCUUCUUCUUCUUUUUUCAUUUUGGGAAUACUUUGAUUCUUACAACUCAUUUAAAAGGUUGAUUUAGCCAUUGCACUCACAGUCAUGCCAAUUGUAUUCGCUUGUGCUUGAUGUAAAGACCAUUAAAUGGUUGAUAUCUUUUAUUAUGGGCUGUUUAGUAACCCUGUGAAGAGAUGCUAUACAUAUAAGAGUGAGUCUCAUGUGCAUUUCUGCAUCUGUAACAGGUGUCACUUCAUGUUGGAACAUAAUGUGGCUUUUGAUUUUAUUCCUAGGCAUUGGUCAGUUACAAAAUGUACUCUGGGGACUAAACCAUAAACCUAUCCUGACUUUCAACUAUUACGAAUCAUGAACAUCUACCAUUGAAUUUCAUGGAAAGAGACUCACAAAUUGUGAAAAAUGUGAGGCUUUAAUACAUCCAUGGUCAUUUAUUGUCUGCAUAGUUUUCUGGCUGUAAUUCCCCUGCCAGCUCAUUUCUGCCAGGCUAUUUACUGGUAAUGCUGAAGUUUGUGUGACCUUCGAUUUUAAUAGCUUAUUCAUAUUUCACCUGAUAUCAUUAUUCUGACAAAAUAUAAACCUCGAACAGGAUUUCAUCAACCCUUCACUUUGUUUUCCCGGUACUAACAUGCUGUCAUUCUAUCACAAAUAAGAUAAAAUGUUAGCUUCACUGAGGCAACAGUUUUCGGUUUGUCGUUUGAUUUCUAUUAGAGAAUAGAGCAAACCUACAACAUUGUUGAUUUAUAUAUGCUCACUGCUCUGCAGUUUAGGAUUGGAGUUAUUGCAGUUUACUGUUCAUUGCAGUUACAGGUCUAAGUUAAAAGAGAUCAAAGAUUUUUGUUUAUAUUCAUUUCAUCUCUUAAAGAAUCCUAGUUGUGAAAUUAAUUUAGUAGAUAGGGGAAAAAGCAUGUAUAGCUAGUUAUAUAGGACAGUAAUAUAUUCCUGUAAGAUUUAUAAGUGCAUUAUUAUUUUAAUAUGAUUUUGAGUAAUAUUUUGUUGAAGUAUACUUUGCCUUUAAGGUGCAUUCCUAGAAAUUGCUUUGGUUUAUUGUCACUUUUCACUGUUACAUGAGGAGUUUAGUACCUGCAUCAGAGUUUCUAAUUACAGUGAAGGUGGUUUUUCAUGUACAUGUAUCUAUAAAAAGCAGAGAGUGUAGGGUUGCAGGGGAGGGGGGGGGGGGGCUGGGGCUUGGUUACUGUACUUUAACAACGUUAUUCAAAAUGUUAAGUUGGAACCUCUCAUGAACUGUUCGCUGUUCUCUUUAGGUGGUUGUUGCUUGAUUUGCCUUUAAUGUAGGAUGCUCACUGCACUGACACAACACUUUUAUAUCUAUUAAUCAAUGAGAAUGGCAACUGAGUAGCAUUGCUUAUGAAAUGUAUCAACUCUCAAAUGAUUUCACCAUUUUUUCUUUUGUAUAAAUGCAGUUUUCUUAUGUACCUACAAUUUUGGUUGGUUAGUGAUCUGGGUAUCGUUAAAAAAAAAAACACUAAAAAUACAAGUUUACUGACAUCUCAUUGUAACACAUGUAUUAAAAUGAGCACAUUUUCAAUGGAAUGUCGGUGAACCGAUGACAGUUUCAUGAAACGAUACCCUUGAAAGAACAAAUCAUGAAUUAAUGGUUUUACCCAUAUGUUUGAACAUUAGAGUUUAAGUACUUAUAGAGGCGAAAAGGGUGUAUGAAGUUUAAUCUUACGUUUUUUAAUGCGAUGUGUAAAGCUAGUUUAUUCCCAUACAUUGAGGUGUAAAAACCUAGGGCUAGCGAAUCCCCAUACAUUAAAUUGUAGGGGAAAUGGUUCAUCACAGGUUUUCUAAAAUAAUAGCUGGAGAAAUACGAGUCAAAAAGUACUGCAAUAUCGCCAUGUAGGUAGGAUUAAUUAGUCUUUAUCUUGCGAACAGAAUUAAGACUGGAUUGAGCACAGCUGAAGUUCUGGCAGGUUUAGUUAUAAUGUGAUGGCUAGACUUUUACUAUCAAAGUAACGAUUGUAAUUGUCAUAAAAUUAUGAUUAGCAUCAACUUUAUUUGGACAUGAUGAUAAACACACUGAACCAUAUUUGACAGUAGAUGGCGCUAUAUACAAGAGCUCCGUAAAUAAAUGUGUGUGUAUAAUUGAUAAAAACCGAUUGAGACUUGUAAUGAUUGAAGACAUGCAUUUAAUUUUGCAUACAUCAUUGUACAGGUAGGCCUAUAGCAGGCAUUCCGAUUAUGAAGGUCUUCUUCUCUUGUACUUAGUAGAUCUUAUAAUGAAAAUUGUGUCAUCUCUGCCCUCAUUUUUUCUGCUAAGGUUUCUAUGACUCAUAGUUUUCCAUCUUGAAAAGUUUUGCACGAAAAGGUGAUUUCAAUCAGAUUGAUGUCACUGAUACUGGUAUUUUACAAGUUUUUUGUCCUUUUUAAUCUUUUGAGAGGUGAAUUUAAACAUUUGAAUGUGUCGAUUGGAUAUGGUGGUUUUAAUGCAUAUAUAUAUUAUCUUAAAGAAUAACCUUUUUUCUAACCAUUCAUGUCGAAAUGCCUUUUAGGAGGUAGUGAAUUUCUUAUUUUAUGUUUUUAUUACAGCAUGUGAGGGGACUGGGUUAUAUUGUUCAACUGUGUACAUGUCUUAAUAGUCUAUAGCUGUCUUGUUUUCCUCUUUGUCUUCAAUCUCUCUGUAUCUCUAUCUCUCUCUCUCUCUGAUAAAACAAUAUAUCUAAUGAUUGUAAUGAAUUGAAUAAAAAUUUAUGAAACAGUAAUGCAA